ACAUUGUCAGGGAAAUAAGUCGAUAACAAGUCAAAAUCUUGCCUUGAAGAUUUGCUUUCAAAUUUUAUGGAGAUUGCUCUGAUAUAAAGAUAAAUUUGAGAUAAAUAAUUUCAGUUGUAAUUGCUAGACAAGAUGCUUAAGUUUAAUUUAAUAGUCGCUGUUUGCGAAAACUUUGGCAUCGGUUUCAAGGGCAAUCUCCCAUGGAAUCUCAAAUCGGAGCUGAAGUAUUUUAGUCGCACAACAAAGCGCGUCUGCGAUCCUUCCAAGCGCAAUGUCGUCAUCAUGGGCAGGAAUACCUAUAUGGGCGUCCCGCCAAGUAAGCGUCCACUGCCAGAUCGCUUGAACAUUGUGCUCAGCACAACGAUGUCUGCAGCCGAUCUGCCCAAGGAGGUUCUGCUGUGCCGCAGCCUGAAUGAAGCAAUGGAGACCAUCGAGAGCCCCGAAUGGUGCAAGCAGGUGGAGAAUGUAUGGAUUGUCGGCGGCAGUCGUGUCUAUGCCGAAGCAAUGGAUUCGGAGCGUUUCCAUCGCCUCUAUUUGACCAAAAUCCAUGAGAAAUUCGAAUGCGACACAUUCUUUCCCGAAAUCCCGGAUUGCUUUAAGGAAAUCCCACUCGACGAGCACACCCCAGACGGUAUCCAGGAGGAGGAUGGCAUUAAAUACGAGUACAAAAUUUUGGAAAAGCAAUAAUGUAAUAACAUAAAACAAUAAAAGCUGUCAAUUUAUUUAUUUCGGCCACGGA